AUGUCCCCACGUCAUCAGUGCACAAGCAGCUCUGCUUCAGGACCUCUCUGGAAAACAUUCCAGAAAGGAACUGUCCGUCCUGCGUUGCCACAGACCACUGUCCAGUUCAGGAAACCUGAGGGAUCCAGGGUUAUCAGUCCCAUCAAUGGUGGCAGCACUGGACACUCUUCAUUUUUUACCUUUGUUUGUGUUACAGAAACCCUUGAAACUCUCAUCAGACAAGCAGAAAAUUACACCAGUAUCCUUUUUUGCAACACCUAUAGGAACAUGGCUUUAGAGGCUGCUGCUUCAAUUCAGGAGUUCUUCACUGAUGUAGGGCUCUAUUUAUUUGGUGCGGAUGUUAAUCCUGAAGAAUUUGUAAACAGAUUUUUUGACAGUCUUUUUCCUCUGGUCUACAACUAUCUUAUUAACCCUGGUGUGACUGACAGUUCCCUGGAAUACUCAGAAUGCAUCCGGGUGGCCCGUCGGGACGUUAGUCCUUUUGGUAACAUUCCCAAAAGAGUAAUGGGGCAGAUGGGGAAGUCGCUGCUGCCCAGCCGCACAUUUCUACAGGCACUCAAUCUGGGCAUUGAAGUUAUCAACACCACUGACUAUGUGCACUUCUCCAAAGAGUGCAGCAGAGGCCUCCUGAGGAUGCAGUACUGCUCUCACUGCCAGGGCCUGACUCUCAGUAAGCCUUGUAUGGGCUACUGCCUCAACGUCGUGAGGGGCUGCCUGGCACACAUGGCGGAGCUUAAUCCACACUGGCAUGCAUACAUCCGCUCAUUGGAAGAGCUGUCAGAUGCAAUGCAUGGAACAUAUGACAUUGAACAUGUGCUCUUGAACUUCCACUUGCUUGUUAAUGAUGCUGUGAUGCAGGCUCACCUCAAUGGACAAAAAUUAUCAGAACAGGUAAAUAAGAUUUGUGGCCGUCCAGUAAGAACACCCACACAAAGCCCCCAUUGUUCUUUUGAUCCGAGCAAAGAGAAGCAUGGAAUGAAGAUCCCUGCAAGGAAUGGUGAAGAGACACUUGCCAACAGAAGAAAAGAAUUCAUCAACAGCCUUCGACUGUAUAGGUCGUUCUACGGAGGCCUGGCUGAUCAACUUUGUGCUAAUGAAUUAGCUGCUGCUGAUGGACUUCCCUGCUGGGAUGGAGAAGAUAUUGUGAAAAGCUAUACUCAACGUGUGGUUGGAAAUGGAAUCAAAGCCCAAUCUGGAAAUCCUGAAGUUAGAGUCAAAGGAACUGAUCCUGUGAUAAACCAGAUUAUUGAUAAACUGAAGCAUGUUAUUCAG